AAAUAUUAAAGCCGAAUGGCCAGGAACAUACUAAAAAGCAGCGUGCAAAACGCUUCUUUCAGCAUCGUCUUCCAAAUCUUGUUUCGCUGUAUAACUUUUGUUCUCAAUGCCUUUAUAAUUAGAACUGUUGGCCAAGAAGUUCUGGGCAUUAUGAAUGUUAGACUCCUCCUUUUAGAGUCUACGAUUUUGUUUUUAUCUAAAGAGCCGUUGUUGAAGGCUUGCCUCACCAAUACUAAGUCUCAUAAUUGGGCUCAAGUAAUUAAUUUGAUUUGGUUCUCGGUUCCAAUUUCAGCGCUUUUGGGGAUGGUUUUGGUUUAUAUAUGGGUCAAUUUGUUGAGUCCAACCGAUGAUAUCUAUAUGAAUCAGUACAAAUUAGGAUGUUAUGCCAUAGCUUUGUCAUGCAUAGUAGAACAGAUAACUGAAAGUGCAGUUUUGGUAGCCCAAAGCUUUUGUUUUGUGAAAUUAAAGAUUAUUUUUGAAACCACUUAUAUCAUCAGUAGAACAAUAAUUUUCGUUUAUCUGGUGGUGAAUUACCCCAACAGUGCUAUAAAUGCAUUUUCCAUAGCACAGAUUAUGUCAGCUGUUAUGUUAUGUUGUCUUUAUUAUGGUUUCUUUGCAUGGUAUAUCCCUAGUUUGCUCAAGUUCAAAGAAAAAGGGGAUGAAAUUGAACGUCAUUGGUUGUUCUCCGAUAUGGAUGAUUUUCCUUUCAGAAGCAUUUUAAACUUUUUCCCUGGGUUCAUGUUUAAUGAGGAUGGAAAAAUUGAUAAGAAUUUGUUAGUGCUGACGGUAAGUUUUGUAAAGCAAUCUGUAAUAAAACAAAUAUUGACAGAGGGCGAGAGGUAUGUCAUGACAAUCUCUCCUGUGUUAAGUUUUAGUCAACAAUCCAUGUAUGACAUCGUUAAUAAUUUGGGUAGUUUGGCUGCAAGGUUCAUAUUUAGGCCCAUAGAGGAGUCUGCUUAUUUUUACUUUACCCAAAUGAUUCAGAGGGAUCAAGCUUUGUCAAAACAGAACCAGAUAAACAUUUCAGAGUCUGCUGAAGUUUUGAGGCAUCUAUGCAAAAUAGUGACGAGCAUAGGACUUGUUGUUGUCACUUUUGGGCAAUCUUACAGUUACACAUUAUUAUAUUUGUAUGGGGGCCAAAAACUUGUUGAAUCAACAUUACCCACAAUCCUGCUGCAGUGCCACUGCAUUGCAAUUGUGCUUUUAGCUGUGAAUGGUGUUACCGAAGCUUAUGCAUUUGCUACAAUGACUAAUAAACAACUAGACAGGUAUAAUUACCUAUUGGUUAUAUUUUCUAUUCUGUUUCUGUUAAUUUCUUAUGUACUUACAAACAUUCUUGGGCCCGUUGGAUUUAUUUUAGCAAAUUGCCUCAAUAUGCUAGCCAGAAUUGUACACAGCAUAUAUUUCAUUUACAACAGAUACAAAGGCUCUAAACACAACCCACUGAAGGGUCUGACUCCAGAUGUUAGCUUUGUAUUUAUACUCAUAGGAUCAGGGUUUGUUACCAAGUUUUCAGAGAGACAUUUGUUGCCAAGCUCUAUUGUUUUGCACUUAUUUAUCGGAGUGAUUUUUUUGGCUGCUUCUUUAGCAGUAUGGGCCUAUAACAACAGAGAUAUAUUGAAAAUCGGCUAUGAUAGAUACAAACGUAGGGCUUCUAUGAAGACAGAUUAAGUCAUUGUUACAAGAAAUAAAAGUUGUUACCUUAAAAA